AUGGAUGAAUGCAAUAAAUGGCAAUUUACUAGGUUUUAUGGAUCACCUUAUUAUCAAGAGAGGGAGGCAACGUGGAGACUUUUAAGACAACUAAGGCAAACAGAAGAAAAUCCAUGGAUGGUAUGUGGAGGUUUUAACGAAAUCCUGUAUGGGUUUGAGAAAAAAUAUGGCCUAAUUCGCGAGGAGGAAAGAAUGAAAGAUUUUCGAAAGGUACUGAAAGAUUGUAAUUUAAUCGAUUUAGGUUUUUCUGGGAACUGGUUCACAUUGGAAAUAGGUAAUCUUCCAGAAACUAAUAUCCAAGAACUUUUAGACAAAGGGGUAGCUAAUGAUGUUUGGGUGUCUCUAUUUCCAGAAUAUCAAAUUUGUCAUCUUCCUCAUUCAUUUUCAGAUCAUUGUCCACUACUUAUAACCACAAGACGUGAAAUUAAGAAGUCUGCCGAAAGGAAGUUCAAAUUUGAAGCAUGGUGGGUUCUUGAAGAAUCUUUCUUGGAGACGGUUCGAAAUUUAUGGGACACUUCAACCGUGGACUUGUUACAUAAAUUGGAUUGUGUUAGAAAGGGGCUGCAAAAUUGGGCUAAUGGUAUUCGACAUAGCAGAAAAAUCAAGAAAGAUAUCUUACAUUUAAAGAUGGCAAAAUUGCUUGAAGAAGAAAUAAGCGAUGACAAUAUGGAGGAGCUUAUUGAUACAAAAUUUGCACUUAAUUUAGAAAUUGAAAACGAUAAACGAUAUUGGGAACAGAGGGCGCGCAUUAAUUGGUUGAAAUUAGGUGAUAAAAAUACUGCCUUUUUUCACAAGCAAGCAACACAGAGAAUACGGUGGAAUCUCAUUCAGAAAUUGCAACUUGAAGAUGGUAUGGAAACGGAAGUUUUGGAAGAAAUGGAAGAAAUAGCACGAUCGUAUUUUUAA